CUUAUACGAAAAAUCUUUGCGGAUUCCAUCUAAAUCUAAUGUUUCAUGUUACAUGCAUAAUAUAUAGGUAUAUAUAUAUAUAUAUAUAUAUGUUGUUUGCAUACCCUACCCUAGUAAAGUAACUAGUGCUGUCUGGCUGUCUCUGCUCUCUAGUCUCUACCAGUCUCUACUAGUCUACUGUCUCUAGCACUAGCGGCUAGCGGCUAGCGGCUAGCGGGGCUAACCGUAACCACAACCCUGCACAACCACGUGGUGACUGAACAUAACCUCGCGGUCACUUUUUGCCGUUUUGCGUUGUGAUAGUAAUAACUGGACUAACUGAAGCCUGAAGCCCUCAGUUCACCCCUUCGUGUGUACAUCUAGCGUUUCGUACAAUCGCUUUCAAACAGUUACUAAAGAAAAUGCUCAAGUGUGGAGUCUGUGGCUGUAGCGAUUUUUAUAAAGCGUCCGGUUAUUUCUUUUGUACGACAUGUCAAACGCAAAGCCAGGAUGUCGGGCAAGAGGUAGAGCUGGAACUGCCCAUAGAAAAUACUACGAGAUUGCGGAAAACGAAAAUCCAUCGUGCAAAAAGUGACAAAGCAGACGAGGUGCUCGGAUGGACGUCUUGGGAAUUAUAUAAUUUUGUUUUAAUUGGUUUGACAAACGAGCUUAUCGAACUUGGUAUAUCAGCUGAUAUAAAAAUAACAGUGUUGCAAUUGUGGGCACGAUAUCUGGGAAAACUAGAAAUAGCCUUUGUCUCCGCAAAAAAGAAGCCGAUACCAAAACUGGCCAGAAGAUAUAGAAAGAGGGAUGCUGAAAUUAUAUAUGGCAAAGUUUUGUCGCAAAAGAGAGCUAGGAAACGGAGAAAAACUGGAAGUAGCUUAGCAGAUUCUACAGCUUCUACCUAUCCAACCGAAGAAACUUCCUUAAGAGAAUUAAAUAGGAAUAAAAAACUUAUGAUUACUGCAGACUACGAUAGGUUUAUGCAAUCACAAACGGGCUCAGAAGGAGAUGUACUCAGUACAUUUAGUCAAAGUGUAUAUAGCGGGCACUCCAGUGCGGGACAAUCUUGCGAAAGUACGAGUACGAGGAUACAAUUUAAUUCCUCUGCUAAAGAGGAAACAAGUAGAAUAAAAAAUAUGGCAAAAAGAGUACCAAGCCACAAGCGCAACAAAUACAAACAAAGUCAUGUAACGACUCGGUAUAAAACAGGACCGGGAUUGAUUACACCUACAAAAUUAUGGGCAAUCUUGUAUCUGGCUUUAAGGAUUCACAAUCAGGAUAUACAUUUAGGUGAUAUGAUAAGAUAUGGGAGAGAAGGACAUUUAUCUUAUUACAGACUAGAUCGCUUAGUACCUCCCGAAGUAUCUUUAACAAGAAGUGAUAUGACGUUCCUGUCACGAGCUAUGGACAUAACGCACAAGGGUAUGAGAAGAAUUAUUGGACGGAUGGCAAAAUUUCUUGGAGUCACGAAAAUAAUUUGUCCAAAUCUUUUAUCCCUUGUUAAUCGAUAUUGCACUGAAUUAGCUCUACCAAAAAGUAUAUCAUCAUAUGCGGAAAGAUUAAUAAGUUUAUCUGCUCCGAAAAUGACGUUUGACAAAAAAUCUUGUAUUCCUACGUACGAAGGCCGUGCCAUGGCAUUCAUUAUUGUAGUACUGAAAACAUUACUGAGUUUGGAUGGUAUUACGGAAAAUGGAAUUAGUAAUGUUGCCGACAAGAUUAAUAGUGCACGUAAUGACGAAGGUAUCUGCGACACAAAGCUAUUCAGUUUUCGGGAGUGGCAGAAAUAUAUCGAGUGCAGAAGAGCCGUUUUAAUUAACGCGCACUGUCCUACCAAGUUAAAAUAUAAUCCAAACGUACCAGAUGUUAAUAGCUUGUAUAUUAAAUUUUUGGACUCUACUGGUUCUAAAACAGACAGAGAAGAAGCCGAGAUACGUACGCAUAAGCAUUUGAUGCCACGUGAUCUUGUUUAUGCAAUGAAACAGUGCAUUACCAACGUAAGUUAUACUGACUUACCAUUGAAUGAGGUAAAUGAAUUUUCUCCGACAUUAACGCCAAGUCACUCGUAUCUCGAACAAUUGUUGGAACAUCCACUAUACGAUCUUCCGAGUAUGCUUCGAAAUGACUUUUCGUCUGCAAAAAGUGGACAUUUGACAAAAUCAGAAUUUAUCUACAAGUUGACUUCGCAAUACGGUAUUCAAUUAGAUUCCGUUGAUUCAAAUUUGCACUUUGUUGAAAAAACUGUAUCACUUUUUGAGCAAACAAAAAUCGCCAAGGUGAAAGAUUUGAUGGGCACGAAUGCAAUAGAAGAUUUUUUGGAAGAGGAUGUGAAAUGCGUUGAGAGAAAGGAAGAUUUUAUCGAUUAUCUACAUAAAAAGAUACCGUGUCAAAUUAAAAUUGAUAUAAAGAAAAAGCAACACUACGACGAUAUUCGACGGAAUACAAUCACAGAUACGUAUGCGUGUGAAAAAAACACUUGUGCGUUAGCAACUGCAUCAGCUGAUGAAUAUAUAUUUAACGAGAUUCUCCCAGAUGGUAAAUUAUCAAUCCCAAGUAGAUGUCCAGCAGAUGAUGAAGAUAAAGAUGACGAUGACGAUGCACGUUUAAAAGAUAUUGUUCCUGGACAAACUUUAUCGGACGUAUUAUUGUUCAAGUUUUGUAAAGCGUACAAUACAGAUCUGUCGAGUACAGAAAAGAGAGCUAUAUUUAAAGAUUUAAGGCUAACGAAGAAACGGAAGCGCAAACUUGUUCGAGACGUGCAUGGUAAAUUUGUCAAGCAAAAUGAUAUUGAUCGUCUCAGUAUGGAAAGUCCAAGUAAAGGUGAUUAUUAUUACGCGGAAGAAACCGAAGAAACUGUAAGUAUUUCAGCAGAUACUUCCGAACGUGAGAAUAUACUACCAGAGAUGUCCGAUAUUUUAAAUUCGAGCACCAACGCAUCUGUUUUUGACACGUUGAUCAACAUGGAAAGCGGACGUGGCGUGGACGUGAAUCAAUCCAUCAAUGAGAAAUCUUGUAAAGCACUUGAAUCGCGUAUCGACGACGCUCUCUUUAUUUCGGAUAAAAACCCGACGUCACAACACACGGACAAUAUUCUCAGAUUGUUUAGACCUUUUAAAGAUUAUUGGAUGUAUCAUUGCAAUUUUAGCCGCGUGAAGCCAAAGACGUUCGACGUACUCGAGAAAAUGCUGCCGAGGAGUUUUCGAUGGUUAUUAAAUGAAUGCGCGAACGUCGUCGAAAUGUCAACGGCAGACCUGUAUGAAGAAGUGUGCCUGGUCGAAGCUUAUUGCGCGUACGUCUUGGAGCAAUCCAAGAUUUAUUCGUCGAGCCGGUCGAGCGCGACAAGGCCGACAAGUAAAAUUGAAACGUGCAACAACCGAGCGUACAUCAAUGUGAUUUUGAAGAAAUGGUAAAGCAAACGAACGAAAAAUAUCGUCACAUUUGACACGCGGUGUCAGAUCUCAUUGUCAGAUAUAUUCAACCUGGACGUCCUGGAAAUAAACUGGAAAUACAUUUAUUUUUAUAUCAAAUUUUUUUUCUUAUAACGUUGAAUUUUUUUCACAACGUUUGAUAUAAUUUGACAACCGUUAAUGCUAUCAUUUACUGUAACUUUACUCUAAAGACACCAUAAUAAUUACGUUCCGUAAUAAAUACGUGUCAGUUCAAAGUUCAAACACCCUACACACGGCCUACACACCUACACUAUGGAUCUUAAUUUUAAUAAAUAUUACAUUACAUGUAUCAGCAUAUAACUUUGUCUCUCUUACAUGACACGUUUUUUUUUUUUAAAUACACAUUACAUAUACUAUAUGUAACGUUACAAUCAAAAAUAUAAAAUUGAAUAUUUUAACUUGAAUUUGGAGUAAGUGUCAGCUUUAACAAUUAGAAAGGAGAACAGAGAGCUAGAUCGAUGCGAUUUCUGUUCUUUCGAAAUAAACGUGAAUUUCUUAAGUAUAUAUUCUCCAUCAUUUUUCAUCGUCUAGUUUUAGUUUGAUGCGCGUACCUAUAUUAUGGAAAAAAUAGAGAAUCGCAUGAUUAGGCUCGCAUGAUUAGGGCUCUCGGUCUCGGCCCGCUC